CUCUUUGGGUGCAUCUUAUCGCAAGGUCUUUUUACAAUGACGGAUCCUUCAAAAGUCAUUCAUGUUCGCAAUGUGGGUCACGAGAUUUCAGAGAAUGACUUGCUUCUACUCUUCCAGCCAUUUGGGGUCAUCACUAAGCUUGUGAUGCUUCGAGCAAAAAAUCAGGCACUCCUUCAAAUGCAAGAUGUUCCAUCAGCUAUUACUGCAUUACAAUUCUAUGCAAAUGUUCAACCGGCCAUAAGGGGACGAAAUGUCUAUGUCCAAUUCUCAUCACAUCAGGAACUAACAACUAUUGAUCAGAAUUCACAAACUCGAGCUGAAGAGCCCAAUCGAAUUCUCUUAGUUACAGUUCAUCACAUGCAAUACCCUAUUACUGUGGAAGUGCUGCACCAAGUGUUUAAGUCGCACGGGUUUGUGGAAAAGAUCGUCACGUUUCAGAAGUCCGCUGGUUUUCAAGCACUUAUACAGUUUGAGUCACGUCAGAGUUCUUCUGAUGCUAGAAAUUCACUUCAGGGGCGUAACAUUUACGAUGGCUGCUGUCAGCUGGACAUUCAGUUCUCAAACCUUGAUGAACUACAAGUGAACUACAAUAAUGAGAGAUCAAGGGAUUUCACAAAUUCGGCAUUGCCUUCUGAACCUAAGGGCAGACCCUCACAGGCUGGGUAUGGAGACAUGGGAGCUGGAUUUCCACAGAUGGGAAAUGCUGCUGCUGUUGCAGCUGCCUUUGGAGGAGGUUUACCUCCAGGAAUAAGCGGGACAAACGACAGGUGUACCGUUCUUGUAUCGAACUUCAAUACUGAUAAGAUGGAUGAGAAUAAGCUGUUCAACCUGUUUUCAAUUUACGGAAACAUUGUAAGAAUCAAGCUGCUACGCAAUAAACCCGAUCACGCACUAGUCCAGAUGGGGGAUGGUUUCCAGGCGGAGUUAGCCGUUCAUUUCUUAAAGGGUACAACUGUGUUUGGGAAGCGUUUGGAAGUGAAUUUCUCAAAGCAUCCAACAAUCACAACUGGUGCAGACACGCACGAAUACAGCAACUCAAAUCUGAACCGUUUUAACAGAAAUGCUGCGAAGAACUAUCGGUACUGUUGCUCGCCUACGAAAAUGAUUCACAUUUCGAGUAUCCCCCAGGAUGUGACGGAGGAUGAGAUUGUGGCGUAUUUUGAAGAACAUGGGGUGAUCCUGAACACAAAGGUGUUUGAGAUGAAUAAUAAGAAGCAGGCUCUUGUCAUGUUCGAGACGGAGGAGCAGGCCACUGAAGCCCUCGUGUCUAAGCAUGCUACCACUUUAGAUGCUUCUGUCAUUCGUAUAUCCUUUUCUCAGUUGCACAACAUCUAGUGUCACUUGUUGCUUUUUAUCUCAUCUAAAUAACACACUACAACUGUUUCUAUCUCCUUUACUUUUCAAACUGUUUGUGAGAUUUUGCCUUCUGAUUGAUUGAUUAUUGGAACAACUAUCUUCUUUUUAUUGUAACAUUAUUAUUAUUAUUGUC